GUAAAUAUCUAUCUUCUGUGAUCUUGGUUUACUUGUUCGGUGAUCAAUUUAUUUUUAUUUUUUUCUGAUAAACAAAAAAGCUACAAUUAUUCAUCACGGGACUCUGUAGAUUGUUUGAACUUCGCCAUGGCAUCUAGCGAAGUGACAAAGCUCCAACAGCAUCUAACGCUUUUGAAGGAAGAAUAUAGCAAACUGCAGGGCCAUUGCGCGGAAGUGGAACGGAAAUAUAUGCUCGCGGCGGCAUCGGCUGGUGACUUGAGUGAAACUAGUUUUGUCGCUAGACUUCUUAUGACUGUAUCCACUCUGUACGGCAGGGAUACAUAUUCAGAUAUCGUAGUAAAACUGCAAAAUAAAUCUGUUCCUGGUCACAAGUUUGUGCUGAAUGCUCGGUCAGAUGACUGGAACGAGGAGGCUCUGAAGGAUCUGACAGAAUUAGAUUGGUCUUCUCUCCCAGAUGAUGUAGGUGCAGCACUACUUAAAUGGUUAUAUACUGAUGUGGUUGAUCUUUCCCGGGGAGAUUCAUUUGCACUCCAACUUAUGAAAUCAGCAGCCAAUUUUAAGCUCUAUGGUUUAGUUGGAAAGUGCGAACAGGCUCUAAUUGCUACAGUUGGAGUGAGGAGUUGCGUGAAGUUCUACUCUGCUGCAGAUGAGAUUGGGGCAUCAGCAUUAAAAGAGCACUGUUCUGGUCUUAUUUCAGCUCACUGGGAUGAUUUAACAGGAGAAGACUUCGCGCACAUGUCAUCUGCGCUGCUGUACCGAAUGCUCAAGAGCAAAACGCCGCAGCCGCUACACGGAGCCGUCAGGUUGUUACGGGAGGAUGUCGUGUUCCUCUGCCUAGUCGAAAACCAUGCCAAUCUAACAGACAUAGUGAACGCGAUGUCAUCGCGAGGGGAGCUACCUCUGGAGCUGGCCUUGCGUGGACGCAGUGCAUCCAUCGCGACCACGCUACUUCAACAUUCCGCGGACGCAGACGCACGUGGUCCACGCGGUAGAACGUUAUUGCACAGAGCUGUGGACGCCAGAGACGCCUUCUCCGCAAAGUUCUUGGUCGAUAAUGGAGCGGACCCUAGUCUUACAACCAAGGAAGAAGGUGACACAGUACUACAUCUAAUAGCGGCACUUACAACAAGUUCCUGCGAUUCAGAAACUAUGGAGCAAAUGGUAGAAAUCGCUGAGGCCGCUGUAAAAAAGGGUGCAGAUCUCAAUCGACAGAAUAGAAAGGGAUACACACCUCUUCACCAAGCGGUAAUAGCAAGAAACCAAAGAAUAUUCGACCUCUUACUAAAACAGCCUAACUUAGACACUAAUUUACGGACUUUGUCAGAUGAACACCCGCCAUUAUACUACGCACUGGUCGAUGAUAGACGAGCAUCAAUAUCGUCUAGCGAAACAUUAGUAAUGAAUGGGUCAAAUCCGUUUGACACCCCUGUCACAAAUAAAAAUGCCUUUACUGAAGAUCCAGUAGAAGGUAAAUCGGAAAAUAUCGUGGAGAGAGGUUUUGCAGCGAAAUUGUUGGAGAAGGGCUGUCAAGCAAAUCCAUUAUAUUCGGGGUCCGGCGACAGUCUUCUGCAUAUCUUGGCUCAAGGAUGGUUUGAGGAUUCGGCAGUAUUUUUGACUUCUCACCUGGACAGUGAUUUGAACCACAGUAACGAAGCAGGUGUGACAGCCCUGCACGCGGCGUGUGCCAAUGGUCUAACGCGGUUAACUGUCGCUCUGUUAGAACACGGUGCUAGACCGAACUUACAAACAGCGUACGGUGAACACGAGGACACGGUAUACAGGCAAACUCCUCUUCAUCUAGCCGUAUUAAAUAACCAUGAAGGAUCAGUAAUGGCCAUUAUCGAGCAUAAAAAAGCAGUAGAAAAGGGUGAUCUACCGACCACAGAUCGCGUCAAUGUCAGUCUAUUGCCAAAUUUGAACUUGAAAAACUCUGAAGGGGACACUCCUGUGAGUUUAGCGCUUACCGAAGGUCACAAGCAUCUAGUAGCACCGCUUAUCGAAGGCGGUGCCGAUCCCAAUAUACGCAAUGGGAGAGGAUUCACGUUACUUCACCAAUCCAUCGUUGAAGAAGACUCGAGAACAGCUAUUUUCCUGUUGGACCACGGCGCUGAUAUGAAUUCACUGACUGAUGCGGGAGAAACGCCUCUGCAACUAGCAAUACACUGCCGCCUUGGCCUGGUCGUAGAAGCUUUAUGCGUGCGGGGUGUUGACAUGAGCCGUCUUGACGCUAACGGAGUACCCCCUCUCUGGGCAGCGCUCGAUUCCGGACAGGAAGAGGUUGCCAGUAUUUUAGUUCGUAAUGGUGCAGACGCGGACUGCUGGGGUCCUGGUCCUGACGGAUGCAUGCAAAAUUUACUGCACAAGGCAAUAGACGAGAACAAGGAGUCUCUAGCUACCUUCCUGAUUCGGUCGGGUUGCGAUGUGGAGAGUCCUCGCAGACCGGGUUCUAACGGCGAAGGCGCCGACGUAGCAGCUGACAAACAGGCACCACUGCACCUUUGUUGCACUUGGGGACUCACUGAAGUUAUACAAACACUGCUGGAGCACGGUGCAAACAUCAACUCAAAAGACGCGGAAGGCAAGACGCCUCUACACAUCGCGAUAGAAAAUCAACAUGCAGCGAUUAUAUCACUUCUCUUGUCACAACCGGGCAUCGAUUUGUCCGCUAGGGAUAACAAAGGCGUUACUCCAUUCGCGGCCGCUCUUACUGCGAGAAACAAUAAGGCUGCCCAAGCAAUACUAGAAAAAAAUCCCUCUGCAGCUGAACAGGUGGACAAAAAAGGUCGCAACUUCUUGCACGUGGCCAUCCAGACUUGUGAUAUGGAAAGCGUGAUGUUCCUUCUAUCGGUCGAAGUGGACGUAAACUCGAGAGUUCAGGACGCUACACUGGCGCCGCCAUUACACCUGGCGGCGGCGGUCGGGAACGAAGUGCUCCUUCGUAGUUUGCUGUUGGCUGGCGCGCGACCCAACGAUAGGGAUGCACAUAAGCGCACAGCUCUACACGUGGCGGCUGGUGCGGGGCAGGCGGGGAUAGUAAGCGCGCUGGCGAGCGGCGGUGCGGAGUGCGGCGCGGCGGACGCGGCCGGCGACAAUGCGUUGCACGUUGCGGCGCGCGAGGGACACGCGGCGGCUGCGCGUGCGCUUCUUGCCGACACAGACAUCGACGCCGCCGCCACUAACCUCAAAGGUCGAAACCCCCUCCAUGAGCUGUGUUGGUGCAAAAAGGACAACGCGGCCACGAUAUGCGAAAUAUUCCUUGAGUUUAUGCCGGACUAUCCCAUCAAUAGGACUGAUUUACAGGGUAAUACACCACUACUGCUGGCGUACAUGAACGGGCAGGGCGCCAUGUGCCGCGUGCUGGUACGUGCCGGGGCCUGCUUCGCGCAUGAGAACAAGGAAGGCAUUUCUAUAUUUAACUAUCAAGUGGCAACGAAGCAGCUUCUUCACAGACUGUUGGACGCGCUACCGGCAGAGGCGCCGUGGGCCGAGAGCGACCUGUGUCAGGAGUGCGGAACCAAAUUCACGCUCACUAUGCGCAAGCAUCACUGUCGGCAUUGCGGGCGAAUGUUAUGUAAACAAUGUUCGAACCAAGAUGUUCCUAUUCUCAAGUUUGGAAUGAACAAACCUCAACGAGUUUGCGAAAUAUGUUUCAAUGUUUUACAAGUUGGCGCCAGUUAGUGGAAGGUUAACAUGGUUAUUGUUUACACGCUGACGGUCUGUGCUGCUGUGAGAUACAAAAAAAAAUUGUUGAAUUUAAUUAAAUAAAGUGACAUUACAGGAUGGGUGAUUAUGUAACCACAAUGUAUCUAUAUAUCUAUACUUGUAAUAAAACUGUAAGGGAUGGAAUUUUGUACAUUGAUAGAAUCAAAAUUUUAUUUUGAAAAUCUAUACACUGUAUAAUCAACACCAAAGCCAAAACUGUAAUUUUUUCCAUUUUUCUCGGUCUGUCUGUAUCUUGGCUGCGCAUCACUCUAUAACUACUAGCUAUAACUAGGUGGAGACCAGUGGCGUGCAUAGAGGGUAUGCACAGGGUAUGCAGAUGAUAUAAUAUGCUGAAAACGUCUAGUAAGAGUUA